AUGGCAAGCUACUACCAUGAGGCGCGCGCCCAGGCCAGGGCCCUCAAGGAUCGCACCACGGCAAAUAAAGCCCGUUCAGAACGACGACUGACGGACGAGGAGGCGCAGCUGGAGGAGCAGCUGGCGUUCGAGUCCUACCGCGACGUCAUCCGGUGGGCCUGCCAGGGCCUGGCGCCCCACGAGGGCCUGGCCCACGCGGCGCAGGAGGACGUUGCCAUCCGCACGGCGCAGCGACGCGCCGCGCUGGGCCUGGCGGCGGGGAUGCGGGGGGGCGGGGGACCUGCGGGCCGUGACCCUGGAUACGCGGCGGGGGGGCUUGGCCACGACGCCCCCACCGACGGGGACAGGGUUAGCGCGUCAGAGGGGAGCGGGGAUGAGGGGGGAGGCGAGGACCCCGGCGCCGACGUGCGAAUGGACGCGCUGGCGCGCGCCUACGGCGUCGCGGACUUCUCAGCCAUGCUGCGCUGGGCCGCGCACCAGCAGUCUCCUGGCCCGGCUCUGCCGCCCGCCAGGGAGACACCCAAGGAGCGCCUGCAGCGUCUCAUGGCGGCGCAGCUAGGGAAGAAGAUCCACCAGGAUGCGGCGGCCCAGGCCCUGCGCCGGAGUCAGGUGAUGGUGCACCUGCGUGCCCGUGGCGUGGGAUGA